GUGGACAAGUACCUGUACCACAUGCGGCUGUCGGAGGACACGCUGCAGGAGGUGUCCGAGCGCUUCCGCAAGGAGAUGGAGAAGGGGCUGGGCGCCGACACCAACCCCACCGCCUCCGUCAAGAUGCUGCCCUCCUUCGUCAGAUCCACCCCGGACGGGACAGAGGACGGGGACUUCUUGGCGCUGGACCUCGGCGGCACCAACUUCCGUGUGCUGAGGGUGAGGGUGUCCGACAACGGCCUGCAGAAGGUGGAGAUGGAGAGCCAGAUCUACGAGAUCCACGAGGACCUCAUGCGAGGCAGCGGGAUGCAGCUCUUUGACCACAUCGCUGAGUGCCUGGCCAACUUCAUGGAGAAGCUGAAGAUCAAGGACAAGAAGCUGCCCCUUGGCUUCACCUUCUCCUUCCCGUGUCACCAGACCAAGCUGGAUGAGAGCAUCCUUGUCAACUGGACAAAGGGAUUCAAGUGCAGCAGCGUGGAGGGGAAGGACGUGGUGUCCCUGCUGCGCAAGGCCAUCAAGAAGCGAGGGGACUUCGACAUCGACAUCGUGGCGGUGGUGAACGACACCGUGGGCACCAUGAUGUCCUGCGGCUACGACGACCAGAACUGCGAAGUCGGCCUCAUCGUGGGGACGGGCACCAACGCCUGCUACAUGGAGGAGAUGAGGCACAUCGACCUGGUGGAGGGGGACGAGGGCCGCAUGUGCAUCAACAUGGAGUGGGGCGCCUUCGGGGACGACGGCGUGCUCAACGACAUCAGGACCGAGUUCGACCACGAGAUCGACAUGGGCUCGCUCAACCCUGGCAAGCAGCUGUUCGAGAAGAUGAUCAGCGGGAUGUACAUGGGCGAGCUGGUGCGCCUCAUCCUGGUGAAGAUGGCCAAGGAGGGGCUCCUCUUCCGAGGGAAGCUCUCUUCGGAUCUGCGCACCACCGGCCACUUCGAGACCAGAUUUGUCUCCGCUAUUGAGAAGGAGAAGGAGGGGCUGCAGAAAGCCCACGAGAUCCUCACCAAGCUGGGCCUGGAGCCGUCCCACGAGGACUGCCUGGCCACCCACCGCGUCUGCCAGAUCGUCUCCACCCGCUCGGCCAACCUCUGCGGGGCCACGCUGGCCGCCGUGCUGCGCCGCAUCAAGGAGAACAAGGGCGUGGAGCGGCUGCGCUCCACCGUCGGCGUGGACGGCUCCGUCUACAAGAAGCACCCGCACUUUGCCCGACGCCUCCAUAAGACGGUGAGGAAGCUGCUGCCCGACUGCGAGAUCCGAUUCGUGAGGUCUGAAGACGGCAGCGGCAAAGGGGCGGCCAUGGUGACGGCGGUGGCGUACCGGCUGGCGGCCCAGCACAAGGCCCGGCAGAAGAUCCUGGAGGCGCUGAAGCUGAGCCACGAGCAGCUGCUGGAGGUGAAGCGGAGGAUGAGGGUUGAGAUGGAGAAGGGGCUGGGCAAGGAGACGCACGCGGAGGCCACGGUGAAGAUGCUGCCCACCUACGUGUGCUCAACUCCGGACGGGACAGAGAAAGGCGAUUUCCUCGCCCUGGACCUGGGGGGGACAAACUUCCGCGUGCUGCUGGUGCGGGUGCGGAACGGGAUGCGGCGCGGCGUGGAGAUGCACAACAAGAUCUACUCCAUCCCGCUGGAGGUGAUGCAGGGCACGGGAGAGGAGCUCUUCGACCACAUCGUCCACUGCAUCUCCGACUUCCUGGAGUACAUGGGGAUGAAGGGAGUGUCGCUCCCGCUGGGCUUCACCUUCUCCUUCCCGUGCCAGCAAACCAACCUGGACGAGGGCAUUCUCCUCAAGUGGACAAAGGGUUUCAAAGCGACGGGCUGCGAAGGGGAGGACGUGGUGGGCCUGCUGAAGGAGGCCAUCCACCGCAGGGAGGAGUUCGACCUGGACGUGGUGGCGGUGGUGAACGACACGGUGGGCACCAUGAUGACCUGCGGCUACGAAGACCCCUACUGCGAAGUGGGGCUGAUCGUCGGCACGGGCAGCAACGCCUGCUACAUGGAGGAGAUGCGCAACGUGGAGCUGGUGGAGGGCGAUGAGGGCCGCAUGUGCGUCAACAUGGAGUGGGGCGCGUUCGGGGACAACGGCUGCUUGGACGACAUCCAGACCGAGUUCGACCUGGCCGUGGACGAGCUGUCCCUCAACCCCGGGAAGCAGAGGUUUGAGAAGAUGAUCAGCGGGAUGUACCUGGGGGAGAUCGUCCGCAACAUCCUGAUCGACUUCACCAAGCGGGGGCUGCUCUUCCGGGGCCGCAUCUCUGAGCGCCUGAAGACCAGGGGGAUCUUCGAGACCAAGUUCCUGUCCCAGAUAGAAAGCGACUGCCUGGCCCUGCUGCAGGUGCGCUCCAUCCUCCAGCACCUGGGCCUGGAGAGCACGUGCGACGACAGCAUCAUCGUCAAGGAGGUGUGCGCCGUGGUGGCCCGGCGCGCGGCGCAGCUCUGCGGGGCCGGCAUGGCCGCCGUGGUGGAUAAGAUCCGCGAGAACCGCGGGCUGGAUUUCCUCAAGGUGACGGUCGGCGUGGAUGGGACGCUCUACAAACUGCACCCGCACUUCUCCGCCGUCAUGCAGGACACGGUGCGGCAGCUGUCCCCGCGCUGCGAGGUGACGUUCCUGCAGUCGGAGGACGGCAGCGGGAAAGGCGCGGCGCUGAUCACGGCGGUGGCGUGCCGGAUCCGCGAGGCCGGGCAGCGGUAGGAGCAGCCCCGCGCCCCACGGGACCAUUCCUUCCCCGCUCCCCCCUCUCCGUGCACGCAACCCCCCCCCCCCCCCCGGCCCCCCCACCCCCCCCCCCCACGGGGCCCUCCCCGCCGCGCUUCGCUCGUGGACGCGGGUGAGGCGGAAGGAUCCGCAUGGAGCAGAGCCCCCCACGUCCCUGGUGGGGGCCACCCCCCCCCGGACACCCCCCGUUGUUGCCGCACCGCCUGCAGGGCUGGGAGCGCUGGGGGCUGGGGGUCCCGUUGCGUUGUCCCCCCCCCCCGGGCGCCGCGUUCCCGCGUCACCUCGCCACGUUCCCGUCGUGGCGGCACCGCGUCUUCCUUUCUCUCGGUCGUUCUUCUCCUUAAUUUAACGUUUCCUUGGGGUCAGGCUGGAGAACCCGACGUUGCGGGGUGGGGGCACUUUCAGGUGUCCCCAAAGGGACUGUUAUUUUAUUUUUUUUUGGGGGGGGGGGGGGGGAGGGAUGCGCCGCAGCCCCCGAGCGCGGUGUGGGGCAGAGCUGCGCUCACGGAGGACGGAGCUCUCAGGGGACUCGCGUGGUCGAAAUGAAGAAGGGAAGCUGGAGUCACAGCUGGGAUAUGAAGGGAAGGACGGAGCCGGGGGGGUGGGGGGGGAGGGGGGGGGCACGCGGCCCCUCGGCCCGAUUCGGAGCCAAGCCAAAGACGGUGGGGCUGCGAGCAGCGGAGCUGCGCCUGCUGUUCUCCUCUCGUGUUUACACUAUUUAUUUUUAGCCGUGCGGUUCUAGGUAGGCAGAUAGAGAGGCUUCCUUAUUUUUGUACUUUGGGUACCGGUUGGUGGUGUGCCCCUCGGCUCCCCCGCGCCCCAAUAAAAACGUGGAACCGAG